ANGCCACUUGGAGCAACCAAGCACAUGCUAGCAGCAGCGGAGUCAGGUGUGUUAACACUCAUUAUAACAAAUCCCAUCUGGGUCGUGAAAACCAGGCUGUGCCUACAGUAUGAUACUGCUGUAGCCACAUCUAACGCAGCCAGGAGUGACGUGUACAGCGGAAUGGUCGACGCUCUACGGAAAGUUUACAGAACAGAAGGAAUCAGGGGGUGGUACCGGGGUUUUGUUCCGGGGUUAUUUGGUGUAUCCCAUGGUGCUUUGCAGUUUAUGGCGUACGAAGAACUGAAGAGAAUGUAUAACAAGUAUAACAACGCGCCACUGAGCAGAAGACUUGGUUCAAUGGAGUACUUAACCUUUGCUGCUAUCUCUAAAAUCUUUGCUGCCAGUGUGACGUAUCCGUACCAGGUGGUCAGGUCGCGGCUACAGGACCAGCACCGUUCUUAUAAUGGUGCUGUUGAUGUGCUCAAGCAGAUAUGGAGUAAGGAAGGCGUUGGUGGGUUUUACAAGGGCAUGGUUCCUAACGUGCUACGUGUUGUCCCCAACUGCUGUAUUGUGUUCGUAGUGUACGAGGGUAUAACAGGGGCACUGGCAGAGCGCUGGAAGACCACAGAGGAGGCGUAGGUGGACAGCGAUGCUGAAAGUGAAAGAAUUUCUGUGCAUCCACUGGAGUGCAGGUCAAUAGAGUCUACAGCACAUUGUGAUUUAUUAUGGAGAGUGUCCUAGAGCAACAGGAAGUGGAUGUGUUCAUGGAGGAUUACCACCUGGACCUGGCCAAUGAAAUAAAAGUUGACCGAAAAAGAUUGUGUGGAAAAAUUCCAUUGUUUAUAAUAGGCCUUAUAAACAGAUUAGGCGUUUACUAACACUACCUGCAGAUCUUUUAGCUCUAACACCCAUAUUAACCACAUAACCCACAACUUGACCAACAUAUAGUAAAAAUAUUUACCAGAACAUAUGAAUAUUAGUGAUAGGAAUCGCUCUGGUAGUUUUGGUUAACUCAUGGGUUAUGUAGCUGAUAUGAGUGUUAGUGCUAAAAGAUCUGCGUGUAGUGUUAGUAAACACUUACUCUGUUUAUAAGGCCUGUUACAUGUAAUGAUGGAGAUCUACAGGCUGAAAGUGGUUGUGAGAAGACACAACAGCUACUCACUAGUCAAAUAGUGUUGAACCAGAGAUUUCCCAUAGAUGGCAGCAGUGAGGGAUCAGAGAGCAUUCUCUUGUACCUGAUUCUGUUCAAUGCAUCUCACAGUAUUGAAGUUUACUUUUAGUCAUUCAGACUUGCAGAAUUUGCUUGAACAAAAUGAGAAACAGCACAUGGCAUUUAUUUUUUUUUUUGAGAACUUCCUCCAUGUUUUAAGAUCAAAAUUAAAUGUUUUGCAGUCACUGGUGUGCACCGUCUUGAUAUUGUAACAGUAACAAGCCACUUUAUCUGUAGAACACGUCACCUGUAUGCUGUUUAUCAUAGAGGUGGAAUAACUUUUAAUGGAGUUUUUUUUCUGUGGAAGAAAUAGACGAGAAGGAAAGGGUGAGAUUUUAUCAUUUACAGAAAAAAAAAGAUACAGUGUAACACUGGAUGUUUUCCAUUUGUUUUGUUUUUGAAUAUUAUGUUAUGAGAUUUUCAUUGUUCAAGUCUUUAUUAAGAUUUACUUUGUUACUUAUAUUCCAACGUAUACUCACAUUGUUUAGUAUUGUGUUCUAGUAUUUUCCAAGUGUUCUUAGGAUGUUCUGUAUUUUCAUGCUCAUCAAGGGCCAACUCUUUACUGCAUUUAGUGCCAAUGAUAAAACGCACAUUCUUUUUCUGACUUUUUCCUGUUAUAAUCAGUAUCUUAUAAUAGACAUGGCCAAUCAACACAGUCAUUUACUAUAAUUUUACUUACAUAUUAAUAGUUCAUAUUAUGAUAAUGAUGAUAUCAGUGUAUCACAUAGUAAAUGGAAUAGUUUUAUGGAAGAAUGCCAUUUGAAAGGGAAAUUAUAAGUUCCAAACGGACAAAAGAAUCAGAUAUGGAAGGUGUGGAAAAUGUCUUUGGCACUUGUUAAUGCUUGAGACAGUUCAGGCAAUAACUGGCACAUAGUUAAGCAUUUAAGUGUAUUAAUAAUUUAAUUGUAUUAAUAAUUUAAUUGUAUGUUUUAAGAGGAGAUUGAGAACUUCCACUCAUUCAGUAGGAUGUAGAGACAUUUUAUCUGGUAUCUGUUCCCGCCCUUGAUUCAGAAAUCAAUCAAUAUUUAUACAGAAAGGAAGCAAAUUAAAAAUUGCUGCAGCUUUUGAAUCAAGUAACCAGUGUCAUAAAAUAUGACCUUCAAUUAGUAAAAAUGUUUGAAAAUAUGGCAGUGGUAUUUUUGGCUUCCAAAAAGUAUGAAAUCUGUCAAAUGUCAAAUAAACCUCAUCCUUUUACUUAAUAAAUUCACAACAUGAUAUUGGUUCAUCUUUCAACAUUGAAACAAACUCACAACAUGGUAAAUGGUUUAUUCUCAAGAUGAGCUGAGCUGGAGAUCAAGCCUGUAGUUAAAGCUAGACCAGGCACAAGGCAGUACUAUAGUUCAUGUUGUAUUGAUUGAUUUGACCAAUAAAGUAUAACAUGUGUAAUAAAAUAUGUGAGCAAUUAUGUUUCAAUAAAUGAUGUAAAAAAAAAAAACU